GAGGGGAUUAUUAUUACUGUGAAAGCGCUCUCUAAGAGAGUUGCGUUGCGUUCGUUGGAAUCCCCCAAAGGGGAACCAACGACCGGCGCCUCGCUGACCGAUCGGUGCAAACACAGGAACAGAACAGCGGGAAGAGGGAAGGGGGAAGGGGGAAGGGGGCAUAGCAGCAGCAGGAAAACGAGCAACAUCCGGUGUGCAUAGGUCGUCAAUGCUUAGGUCAGAACUCCACGCAAAGAUUGUGUGCAGUGGUGAAGGUACACAGCAUGGCAUGCCGAACGCGUCUGAAUACCAUCAGCAAGCUGGAGGCGAGGGAGAGCCAGAGGAUGAGGCGGAGGAGGAGAAGGCAUCAAUCUGAGAGUCCUUCACUGGAGUAUGAAGCAACCGCAUUCCAUCCAAUUCCCCUGCUGCUCGGGACAAGAAGGGCAGCAGUAUGCAGAGUGUGUGUGUCGAGAUCCGUUGUGAAGGCCAUAAUCACAGCUUGCAAAAAUCCAUGGUUGGUACGUGGUGGACAAGUGGACAGAAAACUGGCAAGAUCCUGUCAUGGAGAAAUGCUCCGCACACUUUCUUCUAUUGUUAGAAAAGGGAAUAUAUAUUGGAGAUGAGUCGCUCGAACGCUUGCAUGGACAUCCAGCAGCCUCAGCUCGAUUAAGACCUCGGCCACAACAGUGACGCGCAAGACCCGUGAAAUUGGCUGGAUUCUGUUACCUGUAAAGAACCGACACUGUUGCCCACUAUGCGUUCACAAUAGUGCAGCGGAGCCAUGGAGCAGCAGCAGUCGUCGUCGCUGCUGCUGCUGCUGCUGCUGCUGGUGGGCAGUCAUUUUCAUGCCGGUGGUGGUCGGAGUGGGAAAUUCUCCAAUCGCCAUCAUCUACUUGAUCUCGAGAGAUUCAAGGCGAUCGGUCAAGCUUCGCAGGAUAGACAGAAGAGCAGUCAACAUCUUGGGCCGGAUGGAAGAGUGAAGCUUUCGAUCGAGGUCGAGCAUCGUCGAUGAUCUUCGCUCGCUCUUCCAUGUCGUGAUCACCACUAACUCUGCUCGAAUACGGAACGCAUCCAAGAUCGAACAAUCACGCGAAUCGGGCUCGGGAAUUAUCGACCGUGACGUCGCUGGCUGACCGAGUGCAGAUGGACCGCCCGGGCCUGACCGAAAGAAGCGAUGAGGGGCUCAUGAUAGCAGACAGGUACCUGCCCAAGGAGGUGAUGUGCAGAAUUCUCGCGAGAUUGCCCGUGCGAAGCUUUAUUCGGCUGAGGUCGGUUUGUAAAAGAUGGUACUCCAUCGUGGAAGAUCCAGAGCUUCAAACCAUCUGGAGAAUCUUCCGAGCUCCUACCAAAGUGCCCUUCCUGCUCUGGCAUCACCCGGGCGAUGGCGAGCACAUCCUGGCUCUGGACCUGGCUCGAGAAUGGCGCCCGUUUCCGACCUCCAUCUUCCUGCCGAUCGUGCCGGAUGUGAAGAGCGUAUCACUGACAGUGCUCUCGAGUGCGAGAGGUCUGUUUCUGAUCAGGCAGAGGAGAAAUGACGCAAAGAAAUCCGAUGAAACCUUCUUCACAAUCAACCCUCUAACGAGAUCGCAGAGGAGGCUGCCUCUGAUGAUCGACGAGCGGAAUUACAGCGUUCGCCAGAUGAUCAUGAUCGAUGAAUUAGAAAGCCGGUACAUCAUCAUCGCGGAGGAUUUGAACCUCGUGAGCGCCGGGCACACCUCCAAGCUGCAGAUGUACGACUCGACCAAGGACGCCUGGCAGAUGGUGGGCGAGCUGCCCUACUGCCUGCGCUUCAAGAGCGCCGCGUUCGUCAAUGGAUCGCUCUACUGCCUGGCCACCUUCACCACGGCGCACAUCUUCCGCUUCGACGGCGUUCAGGUGUGGCACGAGGUGAAGGCCAAAGUGCCUCUGUGCACUGGCAGCCAGCUGCUGCGCUGCGUGCCCACUCUGUUCCAGCACCGCGGCCGCCUCAUGCUCGUGGGCACGGGCGACACCAGCAGACAGAGGUGGCAGCGAGAGGUCGGCGUGAGGGAAUGGCACGAGGUCUGGCAGCUGGACGACGUCCGAUCGGCUUGGGUCCAAGUGCAGGGCUUCUCGAGCCCCUGGGUGCUCAACUCCAAGCACUACUUUCUGACCAGCGGCGACUACCUCUUCCUGACCAGCGUGUGCUCUUCCGAUGGCAAGCUCGAGGUCGAGAGGACCAUCUGCAACCUCAACACCGGUUCCACCUGGAGGGAGGUUCUGCCAGCGCCCAAGAAAUUGGACGAGCAAAGCUCUCCGGUUUCGGUCAACAUCCACAGCGGAUUCUGUGUCUACGAGCCUAGGAUCGAAGUAGAAGCGUAGAGUUCUUUGUCCGGAACAGAAUGCAACGCCACACGACGACACUCCUUCCAACCCCGAGGACAGACUCGGACACAAUUGCGUGGGUUACGAUGGAUGGAGUGGAUCUUCGUGGGCGGUACAUUCGUUCGACAAUUGUUGCUGUAUCUUUCUGUCUAUAAACACGGACGACAAAUGAUUGAGAGGCGGAUUUCGC